AUGGGUGGAAAGGAGGACCGCUUCAUGGUGCGGCUAUGGCGCCAGUGGAUCGAGAAUGUCAGACAGGGUGAGGGAACGGCAGAGGAGGAACAUCAGCUUGAGCUGGCUGAGAAGAGGGAGCUCGAGGGAAGAGCGACGCGACGUGAAGACGCGUCUGCAGAUGAUUCAAGCUCUGCCAGUACCUACAAGAGCGAAGAGGAUGCGCCGGUGGGAUGA